AUGGAAGAAUCGGGACGACGACUCCAGCAACGUAGUGCUGAAGAUAGAAGUUCAAAUGACUCGGACCAACCGCGUAGGGGCAGUGUUUAUCAAGACAAUGCGAGCUCUUCGUCGAAUCAUGGAUCAAGGAAUGGAGCCAGCAAUGAAGGCACAAGUUCGAAGACUGACAGCUCGUUAGGAGUUGACCAAACUAAUCCUCAGGUUUCACCAACUAGAAAACGGAUCCGUAGUAAUGAUGGUGAUAGGUUUAUUCCGACUCGGGGGUCUGGCUCUAGUGAAUUAUGGUCGAGCUUCUCCACGUUUGACCCACCACAGACGCCUGGCAAGAAUCGGACGUCUCUGGCAGAUAGUAAUUUCACAAGUCUGUUGCAUUCGGAACUAUUUGGAGAGUAUGAUACAUCGCCUUCAUCUGUUCCGAUGGCGAAAACUCCCAGUAGCACAUCGAAUAUGAAUUCGUCAAUGCCGAAUCAUGAUACGGGUCCCCGAGGUGCAACCUUACAAACACCUCCAUCCUCUACAUUUUCCUCUUCUUCUUCUGCCUUACAGACGACUCCCAUCACUCCGUCCAGAAAAGUAUUUCAGUUUAUGUCCCCGCGGGAUCGGAAUAAUUCGUCAUAUAAGAAAAAGCUGCUUUUUCAAGAUGAUCCCAACCGUACAAAAUACUCUUUAUCGCCCGUCCGAUCUUUGACUCGAGAUUUCAUUGCUGCUGGACAGCAAGAAAAGCGAAAACUCCCAACUUUCCCCUACAAAGUGUUAGACGCUCCUAACCUUGCUGACGACUACUAUUUAAAUCUCCUUGACUGGGGUCAAUGUAAUAUAUUAGCUAUAGCCCUGGGUUCACGUGUGUACCUUUGGUCUCCGAUCACCAGCGAAGUAAAAGUCAUGCAUAAUUUUUGGCCGUCCGAUACAGUUACUUCUUUGAAGUGGGUCCAGCGAGGAACGCACCUUGCUGUUGGUACCAAUAAUGGACUUGUAGAAAUUUGGGACGCUGAAGCUUGUAAGAAAGUUCGGACUAUGGAAGGUCAUAGUCUCCGCGUUGGUGCUCUUGCUUGGAACGAUCAUGUCCUCAGUAGUGGUGGGCGUGAUAACACUAUAUUGCACCGUGAUGUUAGGGAAUCUGAACAUUACUUUCGAACUCUCCGAUCUCAUCGUCAAGAGAUUUGUAACUUGGAUUGGAGCUCGGCAGAUAAUCAACUGGCUUCAGGUGGAAACGAUAAUGCUUUAUAUGUCUGGGAUAAAUUUAGCGACGUUCCAUUAUACUCGUUUCAUGAUCAUUCAGCCGCUGUAAGGGCUUUAAGUUGGAGUACUCAUCAGCGUGGAGUCCUAGCCUCGGGUGGUGGUACUGCUGAUCAGACCAUCAAAAUUUGGAACACUCAUAGAGGUUCACUGAUACAUGAUAUUAACACAGGUUCCCAAGUCUGUAGCCUCCAGUGGUCAAAAUUAACGAAUGAAAUUGUAUCCACUCAUGGUUUCGUUGAAAACGAAAUUGCUAUAUGGAACUACCCAAAAGUUUCUCGAGUUGGUACCUUAAAGGGACAUACAAAUCGUGUGUUAUUUUUGUCUAUGUCUCCAGACGGUGAAAAUAUUGUUACCGGUGCUGCUGACGAGACAUUGCGUUUUUGGAAACUAUUUGAUUCAAAAGCGAAUAUGUCUUAUAGAGGCUCGCCCUUUGAUCCUAUUAUGAAAAUUCGUUAA